GUGCUCUUGUAGGCUCUGCCCCUGAGCGGAAGUACAAAGUGCAUCAGACCGGAAGUCCCGAGUGAGGAGCGGCCCCGAGCUUCAUUUUUAGGCACUGAUUCGCUUCCUGCUCUAGUUUCCUCCACCCUUUGUCCCGAGACGUCCAUCAGAGCCAGCUGAAUUUCCCGCAGUCAUGUCGUACGGAAGGACAGAGCAGCGCGCCCCGCCAAAGGACUUCAGCAGCCUCAUCCAGACAUGCAGCUCCAACAUCCAAAAGAUCACACAGAACACGGCACAAAUCAAGAGCAUGGUAAACCAACUGGGAACAAAACAAGACACCAGUGACCUGCGGGAGAGACUUCAGCAGGUGCAGCACUACACAAACCAGCUGGCCAAGGAGACCAACAAGCACCUGAAAGACCUCGGCUCACUCUCUCUUCCCGUCUCCCUGUCCGAACAGAGACAGCAGAAAAUACAGAAGGACCGGCUGAUGAAUGAUUUCUCUGCAGCUCUCAACAACUUCCAGGCAGUGCAGCGUCGAGCCGCAGAGAAGGAGAAGGAGUCAGUGGCCAGAGCCCGAGCAGGGUCUCGACUCUCAGCUGAAGAUGGAGGUCAUGAAGAGCAGCUGGUCUCCUUUGAAAAUAAUGAUGAUUGGGGUAAGACCACCACUCAGACAGAAGACGUGGCCAUAACAGAGGAGGACCUGGAGCUCAUUAAAGAAAGAGAAACUGCCAUUCAACAACUUGAGUCGGACAUUUUGGAUGUGAAUCAGAUUUUUAAGGAUCUUGCAGUGAUGAUCCAUGAUCAGGGUGAAAUGAUAGAUAGCAUAGAGGCUAAUGUGGAGAGUGCAGAAGUGCAUGUGGAGAGAGGAGCUGAGCAGCUCCAGAGAGCAUCUCACUAUCAGCAAAAGUCUCGUAAGAAGAUGUGCAUCCUGGCAGUGGUCCUUGUCUUAGCGGUCGGCAUUAUCGCUAUUAUCAUCUGGGCGUCGACAAAGUGAAGAUCCUUCCUCUUCCUUUCCCCCUUUUCUCUCAUUUCUUUCUUUAAUUUAUAUUCUUGCUCGCAAACCCCGUGCCAUCCACAUGGGAAGGGAGGUCAAAGGCUCUCAGCAGCACCUGUAGGUCCAUCUCUGUAGGUUUGCAGGGUUAGAUACAGUAUGAAGUGGCAUAAGCGAAUGUAACAUUCCCUAGCCUCUUCCCUCCAGACCUUUAGUCAUAA